UGGUGACGCAGAUGAUGCCGCGGCCCAGCAUUGGACGAGGAGGCGAGCAUCCUGACUGGAGAGACGGCACACACACACACACACACACACACACACUUUGUCUACACUUAACACUAGAAUUCUACCUCUUAACUUCCCUGGUCUUACGCUCAUUUCCGGACCCGACAGGUUAUAGCGAUAGGCAAACAAGUGCUACUAUAGUUUUUCGGGGAAGUUUUGUGGCAUCGGUUCUCCUCAUGAAUGGCUGGCACGCGAAGGCUGCAUCUGGCAACGCGCAAGGUCCCCGACACAUAUAUACAGCGUAGCUCCCACUUUCGGGCUCAGUGCUUUCCUGAUCAGGUUGGAUAGAGGGUGUUACAGCUCCGCGUGAGACUCGGCGUACAAAAAAAAUUACAAAGUGAAAAUGUGAAACGGUGAAACAGUAAUACGGUGAAAUUUAAUAACGCUGAAAACGUGUUACGAGUGCAAAAUUAAAAUUAAAGAAUACAAGCAAAAGAAAUUUCUGGGUGUAAUAAAACGUGAAAAAAACAACCGGUGAUAAAAAAAGAAAAACUGAAAAGCGCAAUAAAACGUGUGACGGACAGGACGAAAAAACUCGACUCAUCAACUCCUUAAAAGGCCAAACGUACCACAAGUCAUCACUCAGUAAUUUGCGGUCAGCGGCAUCGGAGCAAUUUCGUGAUCUUAACUCUGGUAUUGGCGGGGCGAAGGCAGGCGAGGCAGAGACACGGCCACAGCCUCCCCCUCAGCCACAGGUGUUGGGAUGAGGCUGACUGAGUGCAGGGUCCCCGCGCAGGGCAGCCUGACUGACGGCGAGGCGGGGCGGCAGCGGCGGCGAUGAGCGUGUGUGUGUUUGUUGUGCUCUUGAGGCUUUGUGCGAGUGAGUCCUCCUCCGUGCAUCCCCGGUGACGUGCCAUGACCUCCCCCGCUACGUCCUGGACUCCCCCUGCCACCCACACCACGCCCACGGAGCCCUACCAAGCCGCGUACACAGGCCGCCCACCCGGGACUGAGCCUGCCGGAGGGUGGGGGGCGGACGAGGCCGGUUUGGGCGGGUUAGGGAACAGUUCGCUUGUGGUGGACGAUGGCACAGCGAACUUCUCCCUCCUGGACGCCCCGCCGCCCAGUGAGAACAAAAGCCACUGGGCAACCACGGCCGUUAUGCACAUGGGCGUGGAGGUGGAGCUCUUCCCUGACUGGGUGGUGGGCGUGUGGACGGGCGUGCUGGUGACUCUCAUGGUGGUGGGGGUGGGGGGCAACGUCCUGGUGCCCGUGGUGGUGGUGCGCACACGUGACCUGAGAUCCUCCACUAACUUCCUGCUGGUGAAUCUUGCCGCCGCGGAUCUGCUGGUGCUGCUGGUGUCCCUGCCCACCGCCCUCGUCGAGCUGCACUCCCGCCCCGAGACCUGGGUGCUGGGCGAGCCGAUGUGUGAGUAUGCCGGCCUGUUUUUUGUCUCCUUUUUUGUUCGGGGUGUGAGUGUGUGCACGCAUGUUGUGGCCACUCUGUCUCUUGUUUGUUUUCCUGUUUGG